GCCCAGGGGGGGUGGCGGAGGCGGCGUGUGCCCGAUGUCCCCCCCUGCCCGCCGCCGGCCCGGUGGCUCCCUGCCAUUGGCUCGGCGCAGCGGACCGGCACGGCCGCCCGCUAUAACAGCGCUAUGCCCGCCGCGGGCGGCGGCUCACACGGCGCCGGCGAAGCCGCGGCGAUGCUGCCGCUCCUCCUCCUCCUCCUCGUCCUCCCUCGCCGCCUCCUCCUCCCCCGCCAGCCGCCGCCGUGCCGGCUGUAAGCCGCGGGGCCGCGCAUGCCGCGGGGCUCCCGAGAGGGCCCCCAUCGCCCGGGGAGCCCCGGCCCCAUGGAGUGCUACUACAUCGUCAUCAGCUCGGCGCAUCUCAGCAACGGGCACUUUCGCAACAUCAAGGGAGUUUUCCGAGGCCCCCUCAGCAAGAACGGGGACAAAACUCUGGAUUAUGCUGAGAAGAAAAACACUAUAGCAAAAGCCCUGGAAGAUCUGAAAGCCAACUUCUACUGUGCACUCUGUGACAAGCAGUACUAUAAACACCAGGAGUUUGACAAUCACAUUAACUCAUACGAUCACGCUCACAAACAGAGACUCAAGGAACUGAAGCAGAGGGAGUUUGCUCGAAAUGUAGCAUCGAAGUCAAGAAAGGAUGAAAGGAAACAGGAAAAAGCCCUUCAACGCUUGCACAAGUUAGCUGAGCUGAGGAAAGUGACAACGUGUGCUCCUGGAAGUGGACCAAUGUUCAAAUCCACAACAGUGACUGUGCGGGAUAAUUCCGGCGAUAUCCCACAAAGCGCUGCCAUAGAUUCUGCCAGCACACAGGAUUUCAGCUGUACGCUGAUGCACAGUACACCGAAUUGCAAAGACGCUACUUCAGAUAUUUCUUCCACUCCUGAAAAUGCAUGUAGUAAUGCAUCCGGACCUAACAAAUUUGGAGAUCAACUUCACGGAGCUCAAGGACAUAGAGUCGGGUUCUCCUUUGCUUUUCCUAAGAAAGCAGUAGUCAAACUGGAGUCUUCAGCUGCUGUUUUCUAUGAAUAUAAUGAUGAAACGUCUAUGGAGCAUGGACUUAGCAGAAGAAGCAGAUUUAUUCCAGGAGCUUGUAGUCUUCAGUCUCCAUCAGCAACAGAAAUAGUCUUGUGUCCUGAGGAGAAACAAAACUGUUUGCACCCACUGGUGGAAAAAUGCACUGACGCAGCAGAAGAUCCUGAAAAUCAGGAAUCAAAAGAGCUAAUCAGCGAAGAAAACAGAGAGCUAGAGAACCCUGUAUUAAUUCCUGCUGAUUCCAAUUCGAAACAGCUAGUGUCUUCUGACAUGGAGGGCUGCGAUACUGAUGUCAGUACUGCGGAUUUACCAGGUCAAACAAUGUCUUUGGCUGUGGACAAUGCUCAAGUUCUGCCCCUGGACUGCAGCAGUUGUGAGCUGCUGGGAAAUGGAGCUGUUGCUCAGGCUGCUGUGGAGGACUGUUCAUCUCUGCUGCAGGACCCUGCUGAGGAUAAUGGUAAAGACGGGAACAGUGACUUAUUCACGGUUGAAACUGAAAUAAAGAAGCUGGGGACAGAGAUGUUAGUUCCAUCCCAUUCUGAAGAUGACACUAGAGUCCCCCAGAGCAAACUGGACACACGCAAGAGAUCUUGUGAACCGUUUGUUCCUGUUCUUAGCAAACACGGAUCGAACAUUCUUCAGUGGCCAUCAGAAAUGCUAAUCUACACCAGUACAGACCCAUCCAUUUCUUAUAGCUGUAACCCUUUGUAUUUUGAUUUCAGGUCAUCAAAAGCAAGUGAUAGUCAAGAAAAACCUAGACAUCAGGCAAACGUACCUAAUUUGCACCAUACAACCGAAUCCAACCAUAGCUUGGUCUCAGUUUUCACAAACAAGCCCACUUCAGAAUGUGGUGAUCCUGAAGCAGAAAUAAAUAAAAAUGUGUGUGACUAUACAGUACCCCUUGUAAGUGACGUUUCCCUCAUCAGAAGUUCUGAUCUUGCAAAAUAUCAUAAUAAAGUGGCCUUGGGUGAGUCGAUCAGGAUUAAAAAACUAAAAAAGCAUCACAUUUCAAAAAAUCAGCUACGACAAAAUGCUGUGAUAGAUGAGAAGCAUAGCAGAGUUUGGAUCAAAGAAAGUCAUGAAAAAUGGCUUCACAAAAGUAGGAAACGGAGAAAGAGAAGAAAAUUAUGUCAUUGUCAUCACCAUCAUUAUCAUCCUUGUGGGGAAGCAACAAUUGCAGACAUGGAGUUUUCCUCGGCGAUGGAAAAGGAAAUGAGUUACAGAGAUGAAAACAAACAUCAGCACCUCCAAAAUAAUCCAGAGAAGUGCAGAUACGAUGCAGGGAAUAUCUGGACAGCUACGGAUGAGGUUCAGCAGUCUCAUCAAAAAGCUGAUACUGAAAAUGGUCAUAAAAGAGUUACGGCUUCAUCAGAUCACCUCCAUGGGAGCAGAGGUUUAUGUGACAUCUGGCAUACAAAAGGUAUGGACCAACGCAGCGGUUGUAAACUUCUGCAUAGAAAGAGAAAAGCAAGCUCGCGGAGGCAGUUGAGGCAGCUGGCUCGGACUUGCAGGAGGCACAAAUGCUUGUGCUCGAAAACCUGUUGUAGCUGGAAAGUCAGGAGGUUGAGCUGCAGCCCAGAGACUAAAUGUUUAGGGCACUGCAGUGAAGAAAAGAGUCCAGGUCACCAUCAGUCCAUAAAGAGAGGUUACAGCUUCCUGACAGAUGAACUGGAAAGCUCCCACAGGAAGCGGAGACAGAACACCUAUUCCUGUUCAUCGGAUGAAAGUUCGUACGGAGAGGAGUGCUUGGCAGAGGAGUAUUUCAGGCAAGUGAGCACUUCAGGUAUGCAUCACAAGGCAAAAGGAAAACACAGGAGGAGGAAAACUAGAAUCAGUCAUGUAUGUGUUGACAGGAAUGAGAGAAGUGAGGCCUCCAGGCCUUGUAAAGAAAACUCUGCAAGUUCUACGUUAAACAUUUUGGGAGAAUUCUUGACUCAAGACAACACAGAGGAUACUAUAGUGGAUUCCAAAGCUGAUCUUGCAGAAGAGAAAGAUGAAACCAUGCAGCUGGAGGAAAAGAAGGCACCUCUGCCAAUGGGUGGUACGCACGUUCUGGAACAAGACAAGGCAACAGACUGUGCAGCACCAGAGAGCAUGCUAGGCAUGCUUUCAGACGUUGCUGCUGCUGUUCCUGAGCAGGGUGCUCCUGCAGCUGCAAGCACACAAGAUGCUCUGAAGGACGAAAAGAAAAAUGAAAAUUUAAGCAGCCAUGAAAGUCCGUCUUGUUAUAAAGCUCCACCACCAACCAGACAUUUGGAACAAGCUCUCCCAAAAUCUGUCCUUUGUCAUUAUGAGCUGCCUGAGUCUCUGCCACAUGAGAAGAUAAACGAGGUGACCAGUGACUGGGUACAGUGCGGCUCUGGUGUAUUUAACAGCCCACCACCAUUGCCAUUCAAAGAAGCACACCUCAACAGCCACACCUUCUUGGCUACAGAGCAGCUGAUAGCCCCCUUCACCCUUCCCGACCAGACAUUGAUAUUCCCUCCAGAUAACCACGAAAAAUUCAAAGACCUCCCAUCCGAGGCAUACCAGCAGAUCAUGCAACAGAACAUGCUGGCCAACAAGGUGAAGUUUACCCUUCCUCCCCCAGCCAUGCAGCCCCCCAGCUCUCCAUUGCAGCCUCUGCCUUUGCAGCCACCUCUGUGCUCUACCUCGGUCACCACCAUCCACCACACCGUCCUGCAGCAGCACGCUGCCGCCAGCGCGCUCAAGGCUCUCCAGCCCCACCAGCACUUCCUCUCGCAGGUCCCAGCCCUUGCCAGAGCACCUUUACCUCAUCUGCCCGUAGGGCCCAGGCUUUGCCCCGGGGGCCCCGCGGCCUUUGUGGCCCCACCGCACCUGCCGCUGGUGCCGCCUUCGGUGCUGCAGCCGGCCCCGUUGGCCUUCUCGCCGCUGCCGCACGCCGUGUUCCCCUCCCUGCUGUCCCCACACCCGGCCGUUCUGCCGCUGCAGCCCCUCUUCUAGGAUGGGUUCUUGGGGGGGAAGGAGCCUCCAGACGGAUGGACGUGGGGUUCCUGGCACCCCUCGGCUUUGCAAGCGGUCCUGUGAAAUAAACUGGUUGAAAUUCCUCUUUCCUUGGGAAAUAUUUACUGUAAGUAUAGCGAUGCAAACAUCCAUGUAAAGCUCAGACCUAUCCUAUAACUAAAGCACUGAAUAGUCUGAUACCGAUAUGAACUAUAUAUAUAAGUGAAGCUCAUGUCUUAGAAUAUGUAUAAUGUAUAUAAAAUAUAUUUAUAGUUCUAUAACUUCUGUUGUAAAGUAUUCACUUUUUGUUUUUUAUCCUUGUGUAUUUGCACCUAUUUAAUGUUUAGACAAAGCCAAUGCACUAUGUUUUGUACUAUGUUCUCUGAAACUGUAAAUCUAGUGACAAACUAUCUCUUGCAAUAAAUUUUUGUUAACUACUUAAGUAUAUCAAAAAUCUUUCAUUAUAAGCCUCACGGAUGUCGUUGCUCUGUGUUCUUCUGCAUCCUCUACCCCUGCUGUGCUGGGAUAAUCGGGUUUCCUAUCCUCCAGUGAUUUAUCACGGAUGCUCAGAGGCUAAUACCUUGAGGGCAGCUGUCUCACUGAGCAAGAGAGAAAGGGUAACAGAUCCGUUUGUGUUAGCAGUUUGAUGUCACCAUGACAAAUUUUGCCUUCUUGUCGUCUUCUUGCACAGACUGCUGACUGUUGGAGCUAAUCCCUUUUCUGCUAAACCAGAAAAAGACCGUGUAACAAAAAUAACAUCAGUGGUAGAAGAAAAAAGAACGGAUCAGCAGUCGCUUGACUUGCAGGGGAAUGUUUCUUACGAUGAAAACAUACAGCACAGAGAGCCUUAUUUCCAUCAAGCCUUCAGCUGAUCUCCAUUUCUCAUGCCUACUUUUUGCACAUGUGCAAGAAGGUCAGGAGGAACUUCUCACUGGGAAUUUUGAAUCUCACCAGGGGGAUGGUUCAGGUUCUUACCUCGUUUCACUCCCCCAUUAUCUGCAGCAUUGGGGUAUUAAAAAGAUAUAAGUGACACAGAAUAGAAAUAAUGAUCACAUGUUGCCGUUAUUUCUGACUGUAUUUCAGAGAAUUCUUCCUACCUCUGAAGCCUUUUUAUUGCUGAUGAAACUCAACUUCAGCCAGAGAAAUCAUCUCAUUCAUGUUAAUGUGAGGUAUUUCAGGCCCACACCAGUGAAGGCCCAAAAUAAAAGCAAAAGUGAUUGCGGAGCAGAGCCAGCUCUGUGAGUUAAAAUGAAGUCUAGCCACGUGAGUGGAGCUAAGAAUUUACAGCAUGACUUUUAGUGCUAGAAGUAGACCCUCCAUGAUAAAAGGUAUGGAUUAGCUCUCAAAUUACUUCUUUUCACCUUUUAUGUAUUAUAAUAGAAUUAUAUAUGGUUGAAUUGAAAUAGUAAUUUUGGUAGAUUAUUAAUAUGCAUCACAUAUUAUCUAUUCAAAAAGUAUUAUUGUAGCCUAAAAUAUAUGGAUCUGGUUAUUAUUUUCUGCAUCUAUAGCACUAGUGCUUACCUAUAUCAAUACUGAAAGGUUUAGUACAAUAAUGCAUUAAAACUAUAGCAAACAACAUCUUGUCAACUCUGAUCAUAGUGUGGGAUACUCAAGCCAUUAGAAAGGGCUAAACUACAUUAAUAAACAAAAAGCUGAGAAGAAAGAGCAGAUGAUUGGCCCAGUCAUGGAUCGCUUCUCAGAACCUGCCUGAUGCUGCCUCAGAGCAGGAUGUUACUGGGCAUCCAUCUGUAUGAUGUUAUUAAGAGGGUUAAUUUUCUCUAGCUUGUAAUUUCAAAUGAAUGCCCGUUUCUAGUUAUCUGGUACCUAGAAAGUACAUAAGUGACUUUAUCUUGCUGCUGUAUUUAAAGACUAAACCUGUCCAAUCUAUAUGUCUCACUACUUUCUGCAGCAAGCAGGCUGCAGACCACGCUGCUUAAACACUGGAACUCAUACCUGAAGCUUGAAGGUACCUGCUUGCUGCUCAGGUCCCUGCCUUAUAGCUGACCCAUGUUUUUUCUGCAGGAGUCAGCAUGGGUAUUCCCUUGGAUCCUGAUGUCCUGUCAAAGAAAGCAAUCUGAUAAUACACACUGGAUGAACAGUAACAAUAUAGAAUGGUUGUGAUUAUACAUGAUCCCUAUCACUGUAUUUUUAUGUUGCAGAAGUUAAAGAAAAACAAAUUUCAAAUACUCAGUUAAUUGAUUAAGUUUAGGAGUCAGGGAUUAAAAAAAACACACACGUUCAAACAGCAUCUUACAUUUUCCCUGCAAUCUACAUUAAAUUUAUUCCAUUUAAAGUUGUUAAUAGGUUUAUAACAUUGUAUAAUUAUUUAUUUACUGUAGUUGUUUUCAGUAGUGUAUAAACUUAGAAUAAAAGAACAUCGAAUGUAAUAAUUUGCUAACAUGGUAUUACCUUCAGUUCCAGAGCUGUUAGUAUAUGUGACAUAAAUCUAAGAGCAAAAGACUACACGAAUAAUUCACAGGUUAAAUUUAAAAUUGAAGGCAGUAAUUUAAGUGAUGAAGAAAUAAAAUAUUAUUUUCAGUUUAAUUUGUUGUUAAGUAUACAACUUACAGUGAGUUACGUAACUGUAGCUCCAUUUCAGCAUUUAUCUGGUAUUUUAGAUUAAAUGUGUAUUUUUAUUCUACAACACAGCAGUCUGCUUUGAAAUUAAACAUCAUUUCAAAGGAUAAAUAAUUGAAUUUUUAUCAUUCUAAAUAAGCUCCACCAGACUGUCUUACUUAAUGUACUUUUGAAUUUUCAAGUUUACUCAGAAAUUCUUUUUUUUUUUUGUCUGUGUUCCUGUUCAGUUUGCCAGUUCAUACAGUUACAGCAUUACCUUCCUCAUGUAAACAGGGAAAGUGAUACUAUCCCCUUUAAUCCACCCAAAUCACAGGAAUGAAAUCUUCAGACUGCAGCGAUGACCCUAAAUUAGGUGAUAGGUUUUGUUAAGCGAUCCCACAGAACAGUUCUGCAGAGAAAUGAUUGAGAAGUUAAUCUGUUCCGCUGAGAUGAGAAGUGUAUCUUUGUCCUUGGGAAGCUGCAGUUGGUCCAGGCAGUGACCUUCUUGGAGCCGUACCAUUUCUCAGGUAACAUGAGCCAUAGAGUAAUGUCCUUAUAGGAUCUUUCAGGCAUUAAGAAUCAUCAUCGUAGCGUUAUCAGCAGUUUGGUGUUAUCAGUCACUUUUGUCUCGUCUGUAAGUACAUAGAAUGCCAAUACCUAGGAAGGUCAGAAGAAUCAAAUUAUUCAUUUGGUUUCUUUCACAAACUAGAAAAUAUGCAAGUUUUUGGGGAAGAAAAACCUUGAGAUUCUACAGGAGUGAGCAAUGUGCGUAGAAACUGCUGAUGACAAAGAGUAAAAGAAAUACCUUUGACAGAAUAUUACGGAAUAAUAUUCUAUACGGUUUGCUGUUAUCAUUUGCUGUAUCCAAACACCAAUCAAUUUAUUAUGAAGCAGUUUGUUGCCUUUACUUGCAGCGUUAACUUUUUACUGGUUCAUAAACUUUUUGCACUCAAGGAAAUUAAUUUAGAUGAGAUCUUCAGACUAUGCUUUAAAAGGCUGUUGGAACAUCCAUUUCUCUUUAAUACAUACCAUGUGUAAUAGUACGUUUUUUUCUGAAUACAUCUUUCACUUUAUAAUACCAUUAAGUUGAUAUGCUGCAUCUAGAAUCCAGUUUGUAAGUGUAUUUGGUCAGAUUCUGAAUUGGUGCAAGCCAACUCCUGACUUCAAUGGCAUUUUAUUGCUUUGUGCUGGCUGAGCAUUGCAAAUGCUUCAGCGUUAAAGAUUUUGUUAACUUUCUCAGAAGAAGGCAAUACAUUACGACCACACGAAUGUAGUUCUAAGACAGUUAUUUGUCUGUAUUUAAGGUGGCAAAUUUUAAUCUACUGAGUGUUUCAACAUGGUGCUGUCUACCUAUUCUGAACCCCAUACAUUAAUUUCCUGAUUUAUGACUGUCCAUUGCCUAAAGACGUGUAUGUACCCAGCAGUGUACAUAUGUAUGCAAUAUGCUCACCUACUGUUAAAUUAUAAACUGUUAACUCUUUUUCUUCAAAGAAUGUUUUUGCUGUGUAGAGAUCAUAAGAUCAUGUGAUAUUUUUAAAUUCAGAUGAGUUAUUAAUGUGUACGUGGUUUUGUAGAUCACUUUCUUUUAGUGUUUACAUUAGCUUUGACCUUGUAUCUUAUUUUAGUUCUAUCCUUCCUUUUCAUCCUGGUUUCUGGAACUCUAUAAAGUGUUCUCCUUUUCUGUUUGUCUCCGACUAAGAUUCUCAGUAUUUCUUGAAACAUGUAUGUUUAUGAAUAAGAACCAGAUUUUUUUUUUAACUUUCUAUUUUUUACUAUUUUAUUUUUUGGGGAAAAAAGAAUAGAAUACCAAUUGUAAGAAUAAUAAGACUUUGUGGUUUUGUUUCAAAGUUCUUUCUUAUUUCAUGCAUUUUAUAUAAGGCUGGAAGAAUCUCUACCGAGUCCAAAUUUUGACCUGUUGGUGAAACUCUGAAACCAAGGAAUUCUAAGGAAGCUUCACCAUUAAUGUUACUCAGGAUUUAUUUUGAUCUGGGACAUUAGGGCUCUUUAUUUAUCGAAAUGCCCUUACCCUCCUUUCAACUGAAUGAUAAUUUCAUGAGGUAUUUUGAAAAGCACAACUCAGUAAAGAAGGCUUAAUUCAUUCUAAGUCAUUCUUUUACCUCCUUUGCUGUAAGGGUAUUUGUGUAAUCAAUGGCCAUAAAGUUAACUUUAAAGUUUAUUUUGUAUGUCAUCUGUGCUUGGAAACAUGUACAUGCACCUUCUAUUCUGAUACCAAAGAAGAAAAUGCAGUUAAUAAAAAACCUGGGUUUUUUACCUGUACAGGCUUGUUUAGAAGGUUUUAGUAAGCAGGACUCUGUUCAUACCACACUGAGGUAAAUUAAUGUGUCAGUGGUCUUUAUUUUUGCUGGGAUAAGAUCAAAAUGUGCAAAUCCCUGUAGUGAAAAAAAGCGUAAUUAAGUAAGCUUCAAAUGUGAAUCUCCGAUGAGUAUAAUAUUAAUGUAUGUUAAUUAAAAAAGGUUACUGUAAAAUAA